AAACAUGCGAACAGUUUACAUGACGGGUUUGUAAUGCGUUGUUUACUCAGUUGAAGAAGAAAGCUUACGCGCUUCCUGUUGGGAAAAAAAAAAUACUUCACAGUCGUUUCUUGAUCGAUAACGAAGAGCGCACUGGGUGUGUUAACUAACCCUGAGUAGCAGGAGUGGUUGUUGUUGACAGGGCGGAGAUGCACACACAUUCUCUCGUGAUUUCCGAAGGACUGAGUGAAGCACUGGGUACAAGUGGAAUGGUGGAGUCAUGCAAAGCUGACCGGCAGCCGCUUCCCGCCAUCCAAUCAGAAUCGAGCUCAUAACAACAUUCAGUAGCUCUCGACUAAAGCGUGCGCUUGCAGUCUCCUACCUCAUAAUACUCAAAAAAACCCAGCGAAGUGCAUUAGAGAAUCAUACUGCGGCAGGGGAACACGGGGGAGGCGAAAAGGUGCUCAGUACAGCCAUAGUGAAGCUUUGCGGUGAAGAAGGAACCACUGAAACCUCUCCGUCUUGUUGAUAGAUUGACUGGAAUAGGCUGGUUCUGCCCGGUUUCGCCGAGGUCCAAGCUUAUAAACUUGGGAGUGCGCAUGACUGAUGCUGCAGCCGACGCUGUAUGUGGAUGUGCUGGCUUUAUAACAACGUUUUGGUGAAGAACUAACUGUUUACCUGACUCAUUCAUUUCAAAACAAGAUCGUGCUCUCGAAGCUUACUCAAACUCUACAUCAGUAACAUUUUUACAUAAUCGGCGGGUCUUCAGAGGCGAGAAAAAUAAAUCAGUGCGUGCGAAGUCGAGCAGACGACGAACAAUGGAUCUAAAAAAUUUUUCUCAACGUGGGUUUUUCGAAGGAAAGUGGAAGUCUCUUUGCGACCACUCGACGUGCGAAAAAAUUCAGCCGUCGCUGAAAAAUGAUUGCUUUUGCAUCACUUGCCAUAUCAACCAUGAUGCUGAUGUUGAUAUUCUGUCGCAAAACGGUUUCAGGUACGACUGUUUACGCCGCGGUUUGCAGAAUGGCUUGAACAUCUCAAGUAGUGACCAGAAAGCCCCUAGCGGCGCUGGAUGUCCAGUGGAAAAGCAGUUCUUUCUUCUGCAAAAAGUUCUCAGGGAAACUAGCCUGCCUGCCACUGUGGACAGAAGAGAUGACCCAAUAUUUCCAACUGGGGAUGAAAUCACGAUUGUGUACUUUGCAGAGCUGGAAGAAAGUUUGGCAGCUUUCUUUGAAGGAAAUCGUCAGUGCCCAGGCUGCGUUCUUCUGUUAAUGACCACAUCAUGGGCUACACGUGAGCCAAGUGCAGAUGACCCAUCGUUGUCAUCAAUCAUGGUACACACAGCUAUCACUGCAGAUGCUGGUGGACAAACUUACCUGGACAACUAUGAUCCACCACGCCGUGCUACCUAUAUUGUUAACCACCUCACAGGAGCUACUACUGAUGGCCGUAGGCAUGAAGGAGAAGACAUAGUCAAGUAUGGUCUGGAAUGUCCCAUGGCCAGCUCGAUGAAAUUGACCAAGCGCACAGAUAACAAGUUGCUCACUAGAAUGAUGUGUGCAGCCUCUGGGGUUCAGCACCCAAUCACACUGGCUUUAGUCCCACAGGAUGGAAUGUGUGACAACAUGUAUGAAUCCAUGCCCAACAUCGCUGUCUACCGACGUCCAGCAUCUGGAAUCACAACCUCAUGGGUGGAACCACUUGUCAUAAACUUCUUAGCACAGGACUCCAUGAAGCCCUACAAAAAGGUGGUGGUCAAACCUUUUGGCUCCUACUGGAAUUCUUGCAAAGGUGUGUCAUUUCAUGACAUUCAUGACUUGAAUUCGAUCAUCGAAGCAGUUCUUGAUCUUUCAAGUCGAAUUGACCGCAGCGAUGGGAUUCUUGUGGAGUCUUUCCACUCUGUUUUUAAGUCCUCUGCUGCAUUGAAUGUUGGGCGGCAUGCAGUCAAUGUGGAAGGGAGGGAGCUUAGCUUCAGGAUACGAGCUAUUGUGUGCAGAACACCACAAAAUGGGGCUCGCUUGACUCAGGUCUUGACAGGUGUUGCUGAUGCUGGUGCUCCUUUUGGAGGAGCCAAGACCAUUGGUACAUCACUGGAAACAACUCUGCGCCGCUGGGGUGUAACUGACUCAAAAAGGCAAAAAGAUAUUAGAGAAAGCAUUAAGCGUGCCUCUGAGCGGCUGCUCCUGACACUGAUGAAGCAUGAGGAAAAGAUGAGUGCCGAAGAAAGGGGAGGUAUUGGUGCCCAGACAGAAAUGAUUGGUAUGGACUACAUACUUACCAGCAUCAAUGACGCCAUCGUGCCUUUGGUCAUUGAGGUGAACGCACAUGACUGCCUGUACGCAAGCUCUGUUUAUGAAGUCAUGAACAAAGAUGUUAGAGGCGAGGCUGCACGCACUUUGGCACAGACGAUGAUUGCAAGGUCUCAGCGCUUUCUAAUGAAGAACAAAGUGAUCCUGAUAGUGGGUGCUGGUGGCUUCAGCAAGAGAAAUAUUUGGAAAGAUGCCCAGGAGUUUGGAGUAAAGAUAGUUCUUGUGGACUCCAACCCAGAGCACUUCGCUCGCCGUCAGGUUCACAUGUUUCUCUACUACGACAUGAGUGACCAUACCCGUGACAAGGAGCAUGCAGACGUCAUCGUGCACCGUGUGAAAUCAGAUGUGGGACUCGUGGAUGGAUGUGUCUCCUUCUGGGAAGACUGUGUCCCUCUUGCUUCACUUGUUGCAGAAGGAUUGGGCUUAACGCGUACACCAUCAUACACUGCUGCCAUGGCUGCUAAUGCCAAAGGCCUGACCAUGAAAGUUCUUAGUGGAGAUUAUGAACCGCCACAUAGCCCUCGCCCCAAUCUGUAUGCCAGCCCUGCUGUCCGUGUCACAUCACCAGAUGAGCUGGUGAAUGCUGUCAAACAGGUUCCCUUGCCAGCUAUCUUGAAGCUGGAGUAUGGCUCUUCAGCUGUGGGUGUCAAGCAGGUGAAGACCCUACAGGAGGCUAAGGCAUUUGUGCAGCACGUACAAAAUACCCUUCAGUCUGAGAAAGACCACCCAGGAGUGGGGCUGGGCCACUCGCGCUCCUUCGUGUUGAUGAGUCGCCUGGAAGGCACAGAACAUGAUGUGGACCUUGCCAUGUUUGAGGGACAAGUCAUGGCUGCAUUUGUCUCGGACAAUGGACCUACACGAUUGCCCGUUUGCUCAGAGACCACUGCAGCUAUGCCAUCUGUGCUUAACAAAGAGGAAGAGCAACAGCUAGUGAUGGCUGCUGCAACAUGCUGCAGGAAGUUGGAUUUGGUGACAGGUGUUUUCAACGUGGAAUUGAUAUUGACACCUUGUGGGCCACGCCUUGUUGAAAUCAAUGCCCGCAUGGGAGGCUUCUACUUGCGUGAAUGGAUUCGCACUAUAUAUGACGUAGACAUGCUCCACCUGGCCUUAAUGGCAGCCUGUGGCGUGCGCCCAGUGGCUGCCAACAGCAUGGCAUACGGGUACAGCAGCAAGCAGGCGAGAGAGAACAGGGGUCAGCUGAUGGGCAUCCUCCUGUACCCUUCGCAGCACAAACAGGCGCUGUCCACCACUGCCACACCACGCCACCUGCAGCGUCUGCAUGACCAGGGCUCCAUCAUUUUCAGGCAGAUGGAAGAGAAUUUAGAAGACUGGACGCUUGAAUUUGAGGAGCCUCUAGCUAGCAUAGGAGUGAAGGCUCCAACAGUUGAGGAGGCUCGUGCCAAGCUUGAAGGCUUGUGUAUUGGCUUGGGACUAGAAACGGAAGAGUCGAUGCGUGAGCUUUUGCAAGACUUUGUGAUGACCUAGUACUGAGCCAGACCAGAGAGCAGGAUUGAAUCUCUGGCUGUUUCACCUGUAUUUAUUAUAUAUUGUAAAGAGAACCAAAUAUUUACAUAGAGAUCAUUUUUUGUACCCAUCGUCUCUGUGCAAGUUGGUCAUUAAUGUGUUCCAUUGUGAAUCUUUGUAUGUAGUGUUCAUCAUUGCUGCAUUCCUCCUUACCUGCUGUAUAUCCGUCCUUGUGUUUCAGUAGGUUUUUUGAACUGUGGAGUUGCUGGGGGAGAGGAGUUUGUGUUGUUUUUUUGUAUUUUGGAAAUUGAUGUCAUUUUUCUUUAUUGGUUUGGCAGAGCAGUUUCCACAGGUUAUUCAUUGACACAUAUCAAAGAAGUAACCCUUUAACAGUGGAAGUUAAAAUAUCUGAUUAGGAUCAGUGGUGAAGUUGAUGGUAUUUUUCUGUUUAAUCAGUUUAGUUUUUAUAGCUUUGAUUCACAAGUACUUCAGUAGUAGAUUCAGUUGUUGUCAUACAGUUUGGUGUUCAUGCAAAGAUGACAGGUGGUCCAAAAAAAGUCUAGAUUGAAUUACAUUUGAUGUGAAAUAUAUAUUUUGUAAUUAGGCGUUUAGGCGCUGAGUUUUUCAGUUAAAUUACAGUAUAUGUGAUUUAAAUGCAAAUAAAUUUUGUGCUGUGUAUUUUUGUUUUCCUGGGAAAGAUCAUAAGAUCCCCAGGCUAUGGACUUGGAAACAAGACAAAUGUUUUGAACUGUGCAUUGUAUGUUGGGGGGCUAUUUACAAUACAGUUUUUCCAUGUUUCCCAUGGAAGAUGAGGCAGAAGUAAGAUUUCACAAAUUUUCUAGUAUGAUUUUCGUGGACGGGUGUAGUCAUGGUUUGUGCUAUUGGCCAACUUGACUUGCUGCUAUCAGCAGUUGCUGCAAUAAGCCAAAACAGAAAUAGAUGCUCUUGACUGAUGUGGCAUAGAAAAUUCAGUGUUAAUGAAACAAGUCAAGGCUUUGUAAAAGCUAGCAUUCUUAGAUACACUUGAAGAACGUUUGCCAUUUAGCAGAUUUUGUCAUAACAGAUACAUCUAUUUAAAACCAUGUAGCAUUUUUUUAAUGUGACUGAAUUUGUGGUCUGUAAACAAAAUACUGAUUUUUCAAUAAAAAUGAGAAAUAUA